UGCCAUGAACUGAGGCAGAGACUCGCCUCCGUUGCGGCUCUGAAAGCCUCUUUUUCGUUUUCGAAAGGUUUACCUCUGGCUGCUGAUGCAACCGAACCGCCUUUACUCGACAUUCCUUUCGCCGCGUUAAGGAAUCUCCUAAAAGUCUCGUUGCUGCACCUCUACCUUUUCUCCCUCCGCGUAUAUCUUCAUCCAUCUGUCUGUAUCUGGCUGCAUAAGCCUUUAUCGAUUUCUCUCUGUCCCUCUGUGAAACCUGUCUGUGUGUUUGCGCAUGUAAAAGUCCAUGCAUUUUCCCCCCGCUUUUUUGGAGCGCGUAUGGACGCUGCGGCAACGGGAGACGAGAGGACUGAGCACUGAAGCUCGUCGACUUGCGGCUGGGGUGCUUCGCAUCCCCGCUCUUUUGCGCGGUUCUUCCUUUUUCUUUCAGCUCUUUUUGAGUACCGGGACAGCGAAACGAGCGCCAAAUUCAGCAGGCAAGCCAAAAUGCCACCAUCUCUUUAGAUUGGACGCUGGACUGAAGCAAUUCACUGCGUGCGUCUUGCAACUGGCAUGGAUGGUUUUCGCGUCUCCUUCAGCUCAUCCACUCUGCGGGCGCAUGCGCUUCAGGCCUCUCGACGCUGACACCACCAUGGCCUCGCGCUUCGUCUCUGUCCCUCUCCUUCUGCUCCUCGUUUCUUCCUCGCCUCCUUCUUUGUCUCCUCUCUCUUCGCCUUACCUGUCUCCUUCCUGCUCUGCCCCGCAGCUCUCCGCGUUUCCUUUCUCUCCGCUGGCGGCUGAGGCUGUGCUCCGAGGGCAGACGCGCCCGCUGGGGGUCGACCGACUGUCCGCAGCUUCGAAGCCUCUUGGCGCGUCUGCAUGCGCCUCAGGACUCUCGCCGGCUCUUGGGAGACGAUCUAAGGGGUCGUCGGUCUUCGUCGAGAGCGACAGACGCAGGCGGGGAGAGACGACGAGGAGUGCGAGAGGCGCGAGCAGAGGAGAUGGGCCGAAGCAGAGAACAGCGAAAAGCGGAGAAAGCAGACAAGACUCGUCGCCGCGCAGCCAGGGAACUGUGGCAGGCUUUCUCUUGCCUGCUGCAGGCUUCUUUCAACCGAGAGCCGACCUGCGCCACCCACAGCGUCUCGGCGUCUCUGCGUCCAGGACAAUCGCGGACAGCGCCGCCUGCAGCUGGAGCUUCGCGAAGGGAAGCAAAGAGGUCGCUCAGGGGGCGCGACCGAGGCGAGAGACUGCAGGGAGUCUCGGCGCUCAGCGAAGCGACGAGACAGGAAAAAGAGACAGCCCAUUUCUCAGAGGUGACGUCGGAGCAUGUCGACCUCUCCACCUGAGUCUGAGGAUCGAAACUCUCCCGAUUCACCGGACGACGGAAGACGAGAAACUCCAGAAAGGCCGCGAGGGAGAAGACGAAAAACGACGAGAAGAAGAGAAAAGAGAAGAGACUAAAAGGCGAGUGAAGGAAGACUGGACUGAGCGGCAUACACUCGUCAAUGCCUCGGGUGAAGCCACCAAGACCGCAGAAGAGUCUCAGGCUUCUUUCGUUUCUUCGGGGUCCUUGUCUGCGACAGAGUCACACCUCGAAAAGACAAACUCCAAACAGGAACACGAUAGCUCCUCUACACUGUCAUCUUUUUUCUCUGCUUCGUCGUCCUCUCCUCCUCUUCCUUCCUCUUCUUUCUCUGCUUCGUCGUCCAAGGAUUCACUCGCGUCCGUCGCCACUACCUGUGGGCAUUGGUCGCCUGGCUCAUGGUCUCGUUUCUGUUGGGCUGGCCUCCACGGCAGCGCAUGCAGUGCCUGGGUGAAGGAACGGCUUCCGACGGUGCUGUCGUCCCUGCGUCUCGGCGCGUCUGCGGCGUUGUUUGCGUCACUCUUUUUCCCUCGGUGCAUUGUGCCUUCUUCGCUGCGCCGCACGGAGCCAUUGGCCGUUUCGGCCUUGCCCUGCUCGCCUUCCUUUCUCUCUCCGACAGACGCCGAAGACAAGCCUCGCCUUGAGAGCGCAGCUGCGGCCGCUUCUCACCUGGCCCGGGGAUCCGUCUUCUCUCGCGUCGCGUCGGGGAUUGGCGCAGCGUCUGGUGUCUCCGUUUCGUCGCUUCUCUCGUCUGCCUCACACGCGUUGGCGGGUGCGCUCGGCCUCGCUGCACGGUCUGCCUCGCGCCUUGCCCGUUCCGAGCGCUCUCGCGCCGCCGUCCUGCCUUCGCCUCUCUUUUCCUCGCUCCUCUUCACUGCCGCGGGGCUCACCGACUUCCUGGACGGCUUCUUGGCGCGCCGGUGGGAUGUCUGCUCGCCGCUCGGCGCGCUGCUCGACGCACUGGCCGACAAGCUGCUGGUCGCCGCGGCUCUCGGCGGUGUGUCUGCGCUCGCGGUGCCGCCGUUCGCGGAGCUGCUUGGGCCGCCCGCCGUCGCCAUUUGCAUGCGGGAGCUCGCGGUGCAGGGACUGCGUCUCCAUCUCGAGCAGGUGGGCCGCGGAGCCGCGGGCACCGUCCAGAAGCUCGGGAAGGUCAAGACGGCGACGCAGAUGACUGCGCUCUCUCUGCUGCUGCUUCUCCUCCCUCUGUACACUGGCCACAGGUCGCGGUUUGCUUCGGAUCUUGCAGCGCGCGUCGCAGGCGAGGGCGAGGCUCCGAACGUGGAAGCUGGCGCAGGGGCCGUCGAGAAGAAUCCACAGACACUGAAGCGCUUCUGGACGGCCAGCGGAGACGGCAGACAGGCGGCGACGCCUGAAGCAGACGACACAGGCAGGAGGAGGGAGACGGACGCACUGUCUCUCGACCGCUGCAUGUCCGCGGUUCAUCUGUUUUCGCGACAAAGAACCGACCCUGCCUCGGCCUCGCAGCCGCAAGCGUCUGAGAAAUGGUUUCACCGUCUGGAAAAUCGGAUCUGUCGUCUCGGGCAGGAACCGGUCUUCCCGGUUACCGAGCUCCCGAGGAGACUGGCGCCUGCGAGGCUCGCCGAGAAAGCCGCCGUUUGUCUGGGCAAGAUUCGCGAGUGCGUCCGCUGGGGAACUCUCGCUUUCGGAAAGUCCAGCUCUCGAAGAAGCGACGCUCGGCAGGCGCCGAGCAACGCGCAGAGCCCGCGUGUCAACGCUGUCAGCCGCCUGACGAGACAGACAGUCUCCGCUCUUCAGGCGUCGAGUUUGUGGGUCGCGAAGAGCCUCACCGCUGUCGGCAGCGCGAGCUUUGAAUGCAUGCGGAGGAAUCUCCAGUGCACACUCUCCGCCGACGGGAAACCGACGCUUCUCACGCUCGCGGUCGGCGGCUUGUGGCUCGCGGCUGGACUCGCCUUGGCGUCCGGCUGUAUGUACACCCGGGGCGCGUUCGGCGGAGGGGACGAAAAGGCGCCGCAGGAGGGGAAACAGGACGAGGCUGCGAGCCGGACUGUUGCGGAGACUGAACGUCUCGGGCCGCAGAAGCCGCGAGUCUAGGCGAGAGGGCGUCUUCUCUUUUUUUCUUUGUCAACAGAACAUCCACGUCGACGGAGGGAAGGACAGCUGGCAGUGCAGAGUUAGGCAGUCAGUGUGGAUGUCGCGAUUUCGUGAACGUGCCAGUGACAAAAACGCUUUUCCAUACCCAACUUGGCGCAGUACACCUUUCUGUCCUUUGCUGAGGGGAGGCGACUCCUCGGUGGUUUCUCGGAACUCGCAGAAGAACGCACUGCUACAGGACUCAGUUUCAAAAGCGCAUG